UUGUUGACCCGAGGCGGCCACCACCAUGCGCGCCCUCAUCCUCAUCCUCCUCGCCGCCGCCGCCGCGCUGCUCGGGGCGCUGCCCCGCGCGGCGCGAUGCCAGCAGCUGCCGCCGGCGCCGCCCGUGCCGCUGGACCGCGCGCCGCCGCCGCUCGCGCAGGUGCUCGAUGGCGCACCGCCGCUGCCGGCCGUGCAGCAGGACCUCGAUGGCGACCUCCGGCGCCUCACCGGCGAGCUCACCGACCAGCUGCAGAAGAAGUUCGGCUUCUGCAUGGCCGACGUGAAGAAGGAUCUGAACCAGACGUUCAACUUCAACUCGGACCUGAGCUUCGCCUCCGAAUGCAUGGAGCAAACUAGAGGGAACAUGGCUGCAAUGCUGUGCAAUAAAGCUGAAGUGGAGGUGUAUAUCAAAAGCUUGGCUAGCACUAGCAGUCGUAGCAGCGCCAGGGUAAGUAGUAACUGCAAUCGAAACUCAUGGGCGCUUGGGUGCCAGCCCGGUUGGGCUUGCAUGUUGGGUGGUGAGUCAUCUGACGAAUCAGUUCCAUCAAGAGCAGUGAACUGCAGGCCAUGUUGUCCGGGUUUCUUCUGCCCCCUUGGUCUGACCUGCAUGAUACCUUGUCCUUUGGGUGCUUACUGUCCUCUUGGGACAUUGAAUAUCACUACUGGCCUUUGUGAUCCGUAUUUUUACCAAAUAACUCCAGGAACGAACACUGCAUGCGGUACUGCAGAUUCUUGGGCUGAUAUUGUUAGAACUAAUGAUGUCUUCUGCCCUCCAGGGCACUACUGUCCAACCACAACCCAGAAACACAACUGUAGCAGUGGGUACUACUGCCGAAAAGGUUCCACUGAUGAAAAGAAGUGCUUUUGGAAGAACACUUGCAAGGAUAAUGAAAUAAAAGAAGAUUUGACUUUAUAUGGCUUCAUAUUAAUGGCUAUCUUGACCUUUGUUUUGCUACUGGUGUACAACUGCUCUGGCCUAUUUAUUACAAUUCAAGUAAAAAUUUCAUCUAGAGCUCGUAAAAAGGCUGCAAAAAAGGAAAAUAAAUCAGCCGCAGCACGUGAAAGAUGGAAAUUAGCAAAAGAACUUGUGCUACGGCAUGAGGUAGAAAUGCCUGGGUCUAUCAAUACACCUGAGAAAUCAGCUAGAGCUAUGAAGAUAAACAAUGAUAAAUUAACAUUCUCUGGAGUGGUGUCUCUAGCUACUGAAGAUAGACCACAAAGGCCAAUGCUUGAAGUGGCUUUCAGAGGUCUAACACUAUCGAUUGGAAAAAAGAAACUUCUGCAAUGUGUUACAGGAAAACUUUCACCAGGCAGGGUAACAGCUAUCAUGGGCCCUUCUGGAGCUGGAAAGACUACUUUUCUGAAUGCUGUGUUAGGUAAAACGUCAGGGUAUAAGAAGGAUGGGAUAGUCCUUAUAAAUGGGAUACCUGGAUUAAUGCAGUCAUAUAAGAAGAUCAUUGGUUUUGUGCCACAAGAUGAUAUUGUCCACGGGAACCUGACUGUCGAGGAAAACCUGUGGUUUAGUUCAUGUUGCAGGUUAAGCAAAGGCAUGUCAAGAUCACAUAAGGUUCGAGUUCUUGAACGGGUUAUUGAAUCAUUAGGGCUUCAAGAAAUCAGAAAUUCCCUUGUUGGGACAGUGGAGAAACGGGGUAUUUCUGGAGGACAAAGGAAGCGUGUAAACGUUGGGAUUGAAAUGGUUAUGGAGCCAUCUCUUCUGAUAUUAGACGAGCCAACUACAGGCUUAGACAGUGCUUCCUCUCAGCUACUUCUAAGGGCUCUUCGACAUGAAGCACUUGAAGGUGUAAAUGUUUGUGCAGUGGUUCACCAACCAAGCUAUACUUUGUUCAACAUGUUUGACGACUUUGUCCUUUUGGCAAGAGGUGGCCUUAUUGCUUAUCAUGGGCCUGUAAGUGAAGUUGAAAUAUACUUCGCAGGCCUGGGGAUCAAGGUGCCAGACCGUGAGAAUCCUCCAGACUAUUUCAUUGACAUUUUAGAGGGAAUAGUAAAAACUAAAAUGAGGGGAAAUGUGACUCCUAAACACUUGCCACUCCUUUGGAUGCUACAUAAUGGCUAUGAAGUUCCAAAUGAUUUUCAAAAGGACCUUGAGAAUAUCAAUACAAUUCGUGAGUUAUAUACUGUUCGGUCCAUUUCUAGCGAACGGUCUUUGGCAGAACAGUCAGAGAGUACAAAUUCUGUGCACCAUAAUGUGAGACAAUCAAAUAAAUUACUGGAAAGGAAAACACCUGGUGUUUUUGCACAAUAUGGAUACUAUUUGGGGAGGGUAGCAAAGCAACGGCUGCGUGAAUCUACACAACAGGCUGCUGAUUACAUAAUAUUGUGUAUUGCUGGAAUAUGCAUUGGGACAAUUGCUAGAGUUCGAGAUGAUUCAUUUGGUUCAGAUUCUUAUGGAUAUACCAUAAUGGCAGUUUCUCUGUUAUGCCAGCUUGCGGCGUUGCGGUCAUUUUCACCCGAAAAGUUGCAAUAUUGGAGGGAGAGAGAAUCUGGCAUGAGCUCUCUAGCUUACUUUCUCGCAAGAGAUACUAUGGAUCAUUUCAAUACUGCCGUUAAGCCAAUAAUCUUCCUCUCAACAUUUUAUUUCUUCAACAACCCACGGUCAACUCUUAGAGACAAUUAUUUGGUUUUGCUGGCACUAAUUUAUUGUGUAACCGGUAUAGGUUACACUUUUGCUAUUUGGUUUGAGCUUGGAUUAGCUCAGCUGUGUUCUGCAAUAGUGCCUGUUGUGCUGGUCCUCGUGGGCACUAAACCAGACCUUCCGCGGGUUAUAAAAGAAUUGAGCUAUCCGAAGUGGGCUCUAGAAGCUUUCAUCAUUGCAGGAGCAAAAGAGUAUUCAGGUGUGUGGCUGAUCACUAGAUGUGGAGCCUUGCUUAAAGGUGGCUUUGAUAUCAACGAUUUUGGUCUUUGCAUCACCAUUAUUAUGCUUUAUGGUGUGCUCUUCCGGCUUAUUUCAUUCGUUAGUCUGUUGAAGAUGAAAAAAUAGAUGCCUUGCCAUCUUAUGGACUAGAGAGAUAAAGACAAGUGUUCGCUUAUUGUGCUCACUGUUUACCUUCCCUGGCCUCGAGCCCUACCUGCGAGCUGUGGAGGAGGCGCUUUGUUCUUUGUAUAUAGAUACGGUAUGAAAGAAGGCUAUCGCGCAGGAAGCUGCACACUAGCGCGAAACAGAUGAGAUAUGUACAAAUUUAGGACCACCGUCUUGUCCACAAGGCCGUUAGAAUGAAAUACCGAACAAUAAUUUUUUGAAUGUAUGUACAGACACAAUUCUUUUAUACAUUGAAAUUUAUAUUUGCAUUCUCAAUAUUCGAAAUUCACUUGAAUGUGCUA